AUGUCAGCCGCAACUUCUACGAGAACGAAUGAACAAUGCUGUAACAAAGGCGGAGGACCGGGAUAUUCUACUCCACUCGAAGCGAUGAAGGGUGAGCGUGAAAAAUUAUUAUACGUCGUAAUGGUCUCAUGUGAUGAAACGAAACCGGAUUACUUGGCCACAAUUGAUUGUGAUGAAACAUCACCAACAUACAAACAAGUGAUACAUCGACUUUAUGCUUUACAUACAAACGACGAAUUUCAUCAUUUUGGAUGGAAUGUAUGUGCAUCUUGUCAUGGUGAUAAUAGUAAAAAACGACGUUUCAUUAUUUUGGGUGGUCUCACUUCUAGUAGAAUCUAUAUAGUGGAUACGGAACAAGCCAAUGCUCCAAAAUUUCACAAAAUAAUUGAACCAGAAGAGAUUAAGAAGUGGAAUUUUUCAGCUCCUCAUACAGUACAUUGCCUGGGUACUGGAGAGAUAAUGAUCUCAAUGCUCGGUGACGCGAAUGGAGAUACUCCCGGAGGAUUUUUAUUACUAGAUGAGAAUUUUAAUAUAACUGGUCCAUGGAACAAAGAGAAGACGCCGGUUGAGUUUUAUUAUGAUUACUGGUAUAAACCAAGGCAUAAUAUAAUGAUUUCAAGUGAAUGGGCUGCACCAAAUACGUUUAAACCAGGUUUCAAACCAACUGAUGUUACUGCAAAAAAAUAUGGACAGCGACUACAUUUUUGGGAUUGGGAUAAACGGGAAUACAAGAAAACAAUUGAUUUAGGUGAAGAAGGUUUAGUUCCAUUAGAACUGCGUUUUUGUCAUGAUCCGAACAACACGAAUGGUUUUGUUGUGGCCGCCUUAGGUGGUAGUCUGAUUCGGUUUUAUAAAAAUGAGAAAGAUGGGGAAUGGAAAGUGGAAACAGUUGCACAAAUGGACCCAGACAAAACCGUAUCUAUGCCGGCUGUUUCGUCUGAUAUGCUUAUCUCAUUAGACGAUCGUUUUGUUUAUCUUUGUAAUUGGUUGCAUGGCGAUGUACGUCAGUAUGAUGUCACUGAUCCAUCCAAACCAAAAUUAACAGGCCAAGUUUGGUUAGGAGGUCUCUCGAAUAAAAAUGAUUAUAAAUUAAACCAUCCUGAUCGAAAUGUAAACGGUGCACCACAAAUGAUUCAACUUUCACUUGAUGGAAAACGUUUAUACGUGACAAAUUCACUGUUCAGUAGCUGGGAUGAUCAAUUUUAUCCAAAUAUAAAAACAGAUGGUUCAUAUUUAGCUCGAAUUAAUUGUAAUACAACUGAGAGUGGCGGAAUGGAACUAGAUGAAGAUUUUUUUAUUAAUUUCAAAAAUGAACCAAAUGGUCCUGCGCGAGCUCAUGAAGUUAGAUAUCCGGGAGGUGAUUGCACAAGUGAUAUAUGGUAUUAA